UUUUAGUUUAAUAAUAUUUUAUAUCAUAGUGAAAGAAAAGUAUGGCUUAUACUCCUGGUAUUCUUACUCAUUGGCCAUGGGAGCCUCUUGGUAGCUUCAAGUAUGUUUUAGUGGCACCUGGAGUGAUUCACAGCAUAUACUUGUUCAUAGUGAAAUCAGAAGAAAGAAGCCUAUUUUAUGUAUUGACAUUCCCAUUUAUGUUAUGGAGGAUGCUUCAUAAUCAGCUGUGGAUCACCCUAUCGCGUUAUCGUACGACCAAUGGCAAAAACUUGAUUGUUGAUAAGAGUAUUGAGUUUGACCAAGUUGAUAGGGAAAGCAAUUGGGAUGAGCAGAUAUUAUUUAAUUGGAUAAUAUUUUAUGGGUUUUAUUGGGGUAUAGAAGCAGCAAGAAAAGCACCAUUGUGGAGAAUGGAUGGGAUGGUACAAAUAAUGUUGAUUCAUAUUGGUCCCGUGGAGUUUAUGUACUAUUGGUUACAUAGAGCAUUACACCAUCACUUUCUCUACUCUCGUUAUCACUCUCAUCACCAUUCUUCCAUUGUCACUCAACCUAUUACUUCCGUAAUUCAUCCAUUUGCUGAGCACAUAUUAUACUAUGGUCUCUUCUCCAUACCAAUGUUAACAACAAUAAUCACUGGGACACAAUCUAUUGUUGCUGUGUACAUUUAUAUAACUUACAUUGAUUUUAUGAACAACUUGGGUCAUUGCAAUUUUGAGCUCAUUCCUAAAUGGCUCUUUACCUCAUUUCCUCUACUUAAGUAUCUCUUCUACACUCCCUCGUUUCACUCUCUACACCACACAAGAUUUAGAACAAACUACUCUCUUUUCAUGCCAAUCUAUGACUACAUAUAUGGAACAUGGGAUGAAUCCACAGAUACUCUAUAUGAAACAACUCUUGAGAAACAAGAAGACAUUCCUAAUGUUGUUCAUCUUACUCAUUUGACUACACUACAAUCAAUUUACCAUCUAAGGCUAGGGUUUGCAUCUCUUGCUUCCAAACCCUUGAAUACAAAAUGGUAUUUGUGGCCUCUUUCAUUUGGGUCUUUUCUCAUGACAUUGAUGUAUGGUAAAGCAUUUAUGGUUGAGAAAAACACUUUUAAAAACCUCAAGGCACAAUUGUGGAUCAUACCACGAUAUCUCAUACAUCAUCACUUUCAAUGGCAACAAGAGACUACCAACAAAAUGAUUGAAGAAGCCAUUCUAGAGGCUCAUAAUAAAGGAGUCAAAGUUGUGAGCUUGGGGCUAUGUAAUCAGGGAAAAGAAUUAAAUGAAAAUGGUAAAAUUUACUUGAGGAGAAACCCUACGCUAAAAGUGAAAGUGGUUGAUGGUAGCAGUUUAACUAUUGCAUUGGUGCUUAAUAGUAUUCCUCAUGAAACUACCCAAGUUUUAUUUAGGGGUAACAUUUCUAAAGUGGCCUACUCCAUUGUCUCUGCCCUGUGUUAUAAGGGCAUUCAGGUUGCCACCAUAAGAAAGGAUGAAUAUGAGAAGCUUAAGAAAUUUGUAACAAAAGAAGGUAUCAACAAUCUCAUCUUUUCAACAAAAAGCCUCAACCAUGCAAAGGUAUGGUUAGUUGGAGAAGAUUUGACUGCAAUGGAACAAUCCAUGGCACAAAGAGGAACUCUAUUUAUUCCCUUCUCUCAGUUUCCUUCAAAAAAAGCGAGAAAAGAUUGUUUCUAUCAUAUUGUUCCAUCCAUGUUGGCUCCCAAAUCUUUUGAGAACUUGCAUUCUUGCGAGAAUUGGUUGCCGAGAAGGGUGAUGAGUGCUUGUCGUGUAGCCGGAAUCGUGCACGCAUUAGAAGGGUGGAACACAAACGAAUGUGGGGAUGCAGUAUUUGACAUGGACAAAACUUGGGAAGCUUCUCUUAGAUAUGGAUUUCGGCCUUUCUUAGGUGUUACUCAAUAGACCUUCAAAAUGUACUUUGGAGUGUUUUAUGUCUAAUAUGAGACUAUAUAAGAUGAAGUAUUUGUUAUUAGUUAUUCCUAAUGUGUCAUAUGUUUUGAUGUAACUUGAUUACAAGAAAUAAGAGACUAUAUAUAUCA